AUGGCAGACCAUGUUUCUCACAGCCAAGCUUCGUACACAUCUUAUCUACCUCAUCAAGAUCCUAAUACAACCCGAUUCGAGUUACACCCCGUGGUGAUCUUCAGUAAAAGCUUUUGUUGCAUGACAGGCUACGUCGAGACACUGCUACGCAACUUUGGGGCGAACCCUACAAUUUAUGAGCUCGAUGGAUUUCAUAAUGGACAGCAAAUGGAGAAGGCACUGCUGACAUUAGGAUGUAACCCGAGCGUACCCGCAGUGUUUAUGGGGAAGGAAUUGGUUGGUGGUGCUAAGGAGGUCACCAGCCUCAAUGUUUGGGGAGAGCUGAAACAGCGGCUCAUAGACGCCAGUGCGAUAUGGGUUUAG